AUGAGGAAGACGGCGGUGGACUACAAGCGGCUGGCCAACGCCGAUUAUUCCGACUUGUCGCUCGGCGUCGACGCUCUGGGCACCGAUUUCCGCGCCCUCCACUCCGAGCUGCUCAGCUAUGGCGGCUAUCGCACCGGCGGCGUGCGCCAGCUGCCCGCGGAGCAGCUGACGGCCGACUGGCUGCAGCAGCACGGCGCCUUCCGGCCCCUGCUGGUGCCGGCGGCGCCCGGGGCGGCCCGCCAGCUGGGCAUCGCCCUGCCAGAGGGCAGCCUCACUGUGGACCGCCUGGCCAGCAAGAUAGGGCUGCCGUUUGAGGUGGGGUGGGGCGACACAGUGAUCAUCCCCGGCGGCUGGGCGCACGCCGCCGCCACCACCUCCUCCGCCCUCCUGCUGGGCGGCUCCUUCCUGCGCCGAGACGCGCUGGCUGUGCAGCUGGAGGCAUGGCGCAUCGAGGACCACCUGGGAGUGCGCCCCCGCUUCCGCUACCCCGCAUUCAAGCAGGUACUGUGGUACGCGGCGGUACAGGCGGCGCGCCGCCUGCGCCGCCUGGCGGGCCUGUCGGCGGUGCAGCUGCGGGAGCGUGCCGACGCGCAGCUGGCGGCCUGGGAGGAGGAGGAGGGGCGCGCCGCUGCGGCCAAGGCGCAGGCCGGGGGCUCGGCCAGCGCAGACAGCGACAGCGUGGGGCGCGCGGUGGGCGGCGGCAGUAGGCUGCAGCGCGGCGGGGCGGGCAAGAUAGGCGGCACGGUGGCUGGCCGCGCGCCGCCGCGCAUGAACCCCACGCAGCUCGGAAUCGACGUGAGGGGCGGCGGCGGCGGCGGCGGUGGAGGCGGCGGCGGCUUCCGGCGCAGGCGCCAGCGCAGCCCCGACAGCUUCAUUGAGCAGGACAGCGCGGAGGAGGUUGGCGAGGACGGCGAGGCGCGGCCGCGGCGGCUGACCGCGCGCCAGGCGGCGCGCCAGGCGGCGGCGGCGGCGGCCUGGGACGGCCGCAUCAGUGCGCGCCGGGCGGCGGCGGCGGCCAACAGCGGGGGCUGGUCUGAGGGGGAUGAUUUUGGGGACAUGGAGGAGGAGGAGACGGGAGGGUGGGACGGCGGCGGCGGCGGCGGCGGCGGCCGCCGCGCGCGGCAGUCGACUCGCUUUGGCGGCCAGCUGCCGCCCCGCCUGGCUGCCAUGCUGCAGCAGGAGGAGGAGGGGGGCGAGGAGGGUGAGGCGCCGGCGGCGGGCGCAGUGGUGGCGGCCAGCGCAGCGGCGGCCGCCAUGGCGGCCUUUGCUGCCGCUGAGCAGCAACAGGGCCUGGCGGCGCCGGCGCCAGCGGCCCCCCGGCCGCUCAAAAUCAAGGUCAGGGCUCCCGGCGCCACGGCGCCGCCCCAGCCGCCCCAGCCGCCCGCGUCUGGCCAGAAGCUGAAGAUCAGGAUCAGGCCUGCCGCGGCGGCCGGCGGCGGUGGCGCUGCGCAGCAGGCACAGCAGGCGCAGCAGCAGGAGCCCGCCAUCCCUCAGGUUGACGGCGCGGGGGACGAGGAGGAGGGUUCUACGCCGCCGCCGCCGGCGGCGGCGGCGGCGGCGGCGCCACCAGCCCCUGCAGCAGCAGCCGGUGCAGCGGUGCCUGGGCAGGACCAGCUGGCAGCCAUGUAUGAUGCGCUGUAUGAGGAGGGAGGGCCCCCACAGCAGGCGCAGCAGCAGCAGCAGCAGGAGGCGGCGGCGGUGCUGGCUGCGCCGCUGGGCCAGGCGGGGCUGCGGAGGGCGGGAGGCGGGGCGGCCAGCUUGCAGCCCCAGCGGCGGCCGCAGCAGGCCGCCGCGGGGCACGCCGAUGGCGUGGAGGAGAAGGCCGGGGUGGAGCAGCCGCAACGGCAGCAGCAGGAGCAAGGCGGAGACCCCGAGCCAGCCGGCAGCGGCGGCGUGCCCGGCAGCGGCAGCGGCGCACACGCCCGGGAGGGCGCCGCCACCCAGCCGGGCGGGCGGCAGCAGCGCUCCGGCUCGCGCCGCCUAUCUGACAGCUCACAGGGCCAGCUGGAGGCGGGCGGGCAGGGCGACUCAACAGCAGGCCGCCGCUCGGAUGCCUCGCUCUCGCCAUCGGUGGAGGGCCCUGCCGCGCCGGGCCAGCAGGAUGCCGCGGCAGAGACGCCUGCGGCAGCAUCGGCAGCCGCAGCAGAGGCUGCAGCCCGUGACACGCAUGCUGCGCCAGCCAGCCCGGCUGCCCAGAGCCAGGAGGCGGCGCAGCACCAGCAGCAGCCGCUUCCCGCUGGCCCGGCUGUUGCGUCUGGGGAGCACCAGCCGGUGGGCUCCUCUGGCGCCGCACCUCCGCCGCAGCCGCGGCAAGAAGGCGCGCCGGCCGGUGCCGCCGCCCCUGGCAGCGCGCAGGCGCAGACGCAGCAGCAGCAGCAGCAGCAGCAGGAUGCCCCAGCGGCGGCGGUGGAUGACGGGCUGGGCGACAGCGGCGAGGAGGGAGAGGGAGGGGAGGGUGGUGCGCCGCCGCAGCCGCUGUCUCUUGAGGAGGAGGAAGGGCUGGCGGCGCUGCUGGCGGCGCUCAAGCAGUGGCUGCGGGCGCCGCAUGCGCUCAACGACGUGCCGCUGUCAAUCACCAACCCCAAGGCGGUGGCUGCGCGGCUGGAGGUGUGCAUGCGCGCCCUGGGCCUCAGCCUGUCUCCGCCGCCGCCUGCCGACCUCGACUCGGUGCCUCUAGAGCGCCUGCUGCCCAUGCGCACGCCGCGGGCGGGGGGCACGCUGGGCAUGCCGCCCUCGCACCAGACGCCGCAGACGCUGGGCGGCUCUGAGUUUGUGCCUGGCAAGCUGGAUGCUGUGGGGGAGGUGGAGGAGGGCGGCGAGUUUGACCCGGCAGACCUGCUGGAGGAGGGCGGGGCGGCAGGCGGCGGCGUGGUGGUGGAGGAGUCGGCAGGGCCCAAGCGCAAGCUGGCUGCCACCACGGCUGCCAUGGCCAGCGUGCCGCGAGCGGGGGGCAGCGCCGGGCGCGCCCCCGCCCCGCAGCCGGCCAAGCGUGGCGGCAAAGGCAUGUCCGUCAAGGACAGGCUGAAGAAGAAGCUCAGGAUAUGA